AAGAGAAAACGUGAAAGCUCUUUCAAAUGUGCCCCAGAAGACCAACAGAUCUUUCGCCGUCUAGUCUUCUUCUUCUUUCCAAAUGAUGACAAAAACCCAGUUCGUCGUAUGCGAAUCAACAAAGCACGUGAGUAUGGUGCAGUCUGGCAGCGCGACUUUGACGACCAGGUAACGCAUGUCGUAUCGGACAAGAACAUGGAUUUUGCCUCUCUACUGAAGUGGCUCAAGUUGGAGCAGCUGCCCACACAAGUCAAGGCAGUAUCAGAGGCCUGGCCUGCCGAAUGUCUGGCCUACAAGACCCUUUUAGAUCCGACACAUCCGCGAUUUACAAUCAAAGGCCAACAGCAGCGAGUGGCGCCCCAAGUGCCAUCUACAAAGCCAUCAGUCAGCGUGGAAAAAGCAGCAGUGAUUGACUUCGCUGAUGAGCCGGAGCCUUCUCGUGUUCCUGCAAGCUUCAUUGAUAUGACCAUUGACAGUAGCAAAGAGCUAGACGAUGCCAUUGCACGCGCGAGACAGCUUCAACACAUACCCCUCGAUGAUGAAGAGGCCAACAGCCGACCCAUCAGCUCCGAAGGUCCACUGUCAGAAGAAGAGUCUGGAUCGGGUGGCCUCAAACUCUUGGCACAACGUACAACCCAGCGGAAAAGGUUACAGGAGCAAGAGAAAUGGCAGUGCAUGCAGAAGCACGAUGGCAAAAAGUCGGGCAAUCCGAAUGAAGCCACAAUUAAUAUCCUUCAGCAGAUGGCAGACUACUACGGCCAGCUUGGAGAUGAGUGGCGAAUCAGGGCAUACCGCAAAGCCAUUGCGACAUUGCGUAACCAUCCGGUCAAGGUGAGCACCAAAGAACAAGCUGGAGCCCUGCCAAACGUCGGCCCUCGAUUAGCGGAGAAGAUAGAGGAGAUUGCCUUCACAAAUCGACUGAGACGACUGGACAACGCCAAGGCAGAACCUCGAGACCAAGUUUUGCAGACAUUCAUGGGAGUAUAUGGCGCAGGCCUGAAGAAGGCCACGGAAUGGGUGGAGCAAGGAUAUACAACACUUGACGAGCUCAUGGAGAAAGCAGAGCUUACGGAAAACCAGCGCAUUGGAAUAGAGCACUACGAGGACUUCAAGACACGCAUCCCUCGUGCCGAAGUCGCUGAGCACGGCAGUAUCGUACGCCGAGCUCUGCAUGAGAUUGAUCCAGCAUUCGAAGUGAUCAUCGGUGGCUCCUAUCGACGCGGCGCUGCCACGUCAGGCGAUAUCGACUGCCUGAUCACCCGUCCCGACACAGGCCCCGAUCAUCUCCGAAACAUCGUCUUGGGUCAAUUAGUCCCGCGACUGACCGCCGCAAAAUUCCUCGUCGCUAGUCUCGCCAUCACUUCUCGCGAUGACGGAAGUAAAUGGCACGGCGCGUCUUGUCUUCCUGGGAGCAAAAUUUGGCGUCGCCUCGACUUGCUUCUAGUCCCAUCAGAUGAACUCGGAGCCGCAUUACUGUACUGGACCGGAAACGACAUUUUUAAUCGAAGCUUACGACUCCUGGCGAGCACGAAAGGUCUGCGUCUCAAUCAACGGGGGCUGUACAAGGAUGUCUUGCGAGGGAAAGCACGUGUCAAGCUCACGGAUGGUACCCUGGUCGAAGGUAAAGACGAGAAGAAGAUUUUUGCGGCUUUGGGAGUGCCUUGGCGGCCGCCUGAGCAUCGUAUGUGUUGA